AUUUUCAAACUUUCAAUCUGUGUCUCUUUACCUGUUUUAUUUUAAUUGGCUUUAGUAUGAUUUCAUUGCUCCUAUCAUGCCUGUGGUGGAAUCAGUAGAUCCCGCAUCGUGGAGGCAGGGCUUGCGCAAAACUGGCAUUGUUCUUGUGCCCAGUAAGGGUGAAAAAUCUAUGUUUCCAACUUCAGCUACAAAAAUUUCUCCCAAAGAAGAAGAGAGAAAAGAUGAGUCUCCUGCAUCUUGGAGGUUAGGACUUAGAAAGACGGGCAGUUAUGGUGCACUUGCAGAAAUCACAGCAUCUAAAGAGGCUCAGAAGGAAAAAGACACUGCAGGUGUCAUGCGCUCAGCUUCAAGUCCCAGACUUUCCUCCUCUUUGGAUAAUAAAGAAAAGGAGAAAGAUAGUAAAGGAACUAGGCUUGCAUAUGUUGCGCCUACAAUACCAAGACGACUCGGCAGUACAUCUGACAUUGAAGAGAAAGAAAACAGAGAUUCUUCAAGUUUGCGAACAAGUAGUUCAUAUACAAGAAGAAAAUGGGAAGAUGAUCUUAAAAAGAAUAGCUCCAUUAAUGAAGGCUCAACUUAUCAUAAAAGUUGCUCCUUUGGUAGAAGACAAGAUGAUUUGAUUAGUUCUAGUGUUCCAAGCACCACAUCAACACCAACAGUUACCUCUGCAGCUGGGCUUCAGAAAAGCCUGCUUUCCAGCACAAGCACUACUACAAAGAUUGCACCGGGUUCUUCCUCAGCAGGCACACAGAGCAGUACCUCAAAUCGUUUGUGGGCUGAGGAUAGUACUGAAAAGGAAAAGGACAGUGUUCCUACGGCAGUGACCAUUCCUGUUGCUCCAACUGUUGUUAAUGCUGCAGCCUCUACCACAACCGUGACCACAACCACUGCUGGCACUGUCUCCUCCACUUCGGAGGUCAGGGAGAGACGCAGAUCAUACCUCACUCCUGUUAGAGAUGAAGAGUCUGAAUCCCAAAGAAAAGCAAGAUCUAGACAAGCAAGACAGUCUAGAAGAUCAACACAGGGGGUAACACUGACUGAUCUUCAGGAAGCUGAAAAAACAAUAGGGAGGAGUCGUUCCACCCGAACCAGAGAACAAGAAAAUGAAGACAAAGAGGAAAAAGAGAAACAGGAUAAAGAGAAGCAGGAAGAAAAGAAGGAGUCAGAAACAUCUAGAGAAGAUGAGUACAAACAAAAGUACUCCAGAACAUAUGAUGAGACUUAUCAACGCUACAGACCAGUAUCAACUUCAAGUUCAACCACUCCCUCCUCUUUACUUUCUACAAUGAGCAGUUCACUUUAUGCUUCAAGUCAGUUAAACAGGCCAAAUAGUCUUGUAGGUAUAACUUCUGCCUACUCCAGAGGAUUAACAAAGGAAAAUGAAAGAGCCUUAACAGAGGGAGAAAAGAAAGAAGAAGAAAAAGAGGGGGAAGAUAAAUCACAACCUAAAUCAAUCAGAGAACGACGGCGACCAAGAGAAAAAAGAAGAUCUACAGGAGUUUCAUUUUGGACACAAGAUAGUGAUGAAAAUGAACAAGAACAACAAUCAGAUACAGAGGAGGGAUCCAAUAAGAAAGAAGUUCAGACGGAUUCCAUUUCUAGAUAUGAACUCAGUUCUACAUCAGCUAGUGAUCGGUAUGAUUCCUUGCUGGGUCGCUCUGGAUCAUACGGUUACUCAGAAGAAAGAAAACCUUACAGUAGCAGGCUAGAAAAGGAUGAUUCAACUGACUUUAAAAAGCUUUACGAACAAAUUCUAGCUGAGAAUGAAAAGCUGAAGGCACAGCUGCAUGACACGAACAUGGAGCUGACGGAUCUUAAGUUGCAGCUGGAGAAAGCCACCCAGAGACAAGAAAGAUUCGCUGAUAGGUCCCUAUUAGAAAUGGAAAAAAGGGUGACCGGCAAGAGUCAGUAUCUUCGCGGCGGAACGAAGAGCUCUAGAAAGAAGAAUAUCUGAAAUGGAAGAAGAGCUCAAAAUGUUACCAGACCUGAAAGCAGACAACCAGAGGCUAAAAGAUGAAAAUGGGGCCUUGAUCAGAGUUAUAAGCAAACUUUCCAAAUAAAAAAAGCAGCAAGUAAUGGAAUUGCACAUAUUAGUAACCCAGUGGACCAUAAUUGACCGUCACUGGAAGCCUGGGAAGAAUCCUUGGAGACUGUCAUUUUUGGAUAUCCUGCCAAAUGCCCUCUUAUCUAGGAGUUUUGUUUAAUUUUCUGUUUUUUUUUUUUUUCUUGUAUCAAGACCAUUGUUUCAUGUUAAUGCAGCUGCUGAGAAGAAUUUUUUUUAUGACUGAGAAAACUUGUUUACAGCUCCAGCAUAUAAGGAAAGUGUUCAAGGCCAGAUAUGCCUCAGAUAUUUAACCAGUAAGCCUUAGUUGUACAUAAAUACUUUUGUGUCAACAAAAACUCAGCUCUCACAGAAGACAGUUAUUCAGCAUUUUUUGAUGUGCCACAGUUUCCAGUUUUUCAAUAUUUAAUUUUAUUUUAUUUUUGUGUUUUUUUUUGUUUUUUUUUUUGCUUUACAUCUAAGUUUGGGUUUGUAUCUUUUCCUUCUAACUCUUCAUGUGGCAGACUUUCUGUUGUCUCACAGCUUUCUCAUUUACAGAAAAGAACACUUGCUCCUCUGAAAUCAUUGUCAUAUAUUAGGCUAAUGCUGUUGUCCCCACCUGGAACUGAAUUGCUUGGUGGAACAUUUGCUUUCACUGUUUGUGCAAUAUGCAUUUAUUCCUUUUAUGAAUGCUUUAAAGUCCAUUGAGAUUAGAUUCUUUAAGUCCUAUUUUCUGCCUUCAUUGGUCACUUUUUGUUUUUGUUUGUUUUCUAUUAUUGCAGUAUAAGAUGUUAGGUUCUGUAAUCUUCACAUUCAUUUUAGCAGGUACUGAGUGAUGCUGUAUAUAUAAAUAAGUGUACUGUUUGAUUUUUAGACCACCACAUGGCAUGCUUGACUAUUAUUUCAAAUGUCUGUUAAUGCAAAGUAGGCUACUCCAUAAUAGUGUUAAGAACAAAAUUUACUAACAAAGUGAUAUAAAGACUUAAAUUAACACAUUAUGUGGAGCCCUAUCUUUACAAAAGUUUUCUACUGUAAAAUGCUUUUACUUUUAUUUGCAGUUUUCAUUUGAUAGUAUUCAACCAUAAUUAAAGUUGCAUAAGAUAAUUGCUUCACAUUUCACAUACCUAUAUUUAUCUGAGUGCUGUCUAAAACUGUUGUGCUAGCCAAAGUAAUGCUAUAAAAUCAUUUGCAGACUUAACCCGUGAGUUCGUGUUAAAUGCACUGUUAUUGCCAUGUGAAGAGGCAUUGACUUUGAUACCACCAUCAUGUUCAGACCAUUUUAUACAUUUCAGUGGCCUUUUUUAAAAAAAAAAGAAAGAAAGAAAGAAAAGCAAAACCAAGUAAAUAGUGAAGAUGGCAUUUAUUUGGACAAAUAGCUUUUAUAUUUUCAUUAAACCAUGCAAAAAGUACUAUAUCUUUCUGGCACAUAACUGUCUCCUUAACCACUGAACAGUUCAGCCAUUUGAAUAAAUUGUACAUUGUAAAGCUUAUAGUAGCUAAUUGUAUUAUUGAUUGUAUUGUAUACUAUAUUAAAUGUGAAUUUGUACCCCUUCAUUUUAAAAGGUCAUUGUGUUCUACUGCCUAUUUUAGAUUACUUUGGGGUUGGGAAAGGGUGUUUUGGUAAGCAGGAUUUUAAGUCCUCUCUUGAUUGGUUUUAUGAAGAUAUAAGGUUAUGCUCUUACUACCAAGCUCAGGAUUCUUGAAUUUAAAGGUACAAGGAUAGUUGUGGGAAUUUUAUUUUUGGUUACAUUUGAACUGUAUGAAUGGUGGGUCUGAAUAUAGAGAAUUUCCAUGGUCUUACGUGGACGUAAAACAUACAGAUAAUUGAUCAGUUUGAGUGACUGCAACAUAUUCUGGUUGCACAACAGUUAGGCAUGCUAAGGAUUAUAUUUGUGAAGUUUGGAUGCCUGUGAAGAAUGAUUAAAUACGUGUUUCUAAUAUUUUAGUGUUUUGUAUUUAGGUUAUUUAUUCUUUGUAUCUAAAACUGAACAGCUACUGUGCUAUAUUGAUUUUAUUGGUAGUAUUGAGCAGACCUUGUUUCUGCAUGAAACUAGUUGCAAAACCCACUAUUUUGGAAAUAAAAAUGUAUUUUGACAUAUACAAAUAAAAUGAAUAAAACUAUUUUAAAUGUGUGAACUUUUACUGAAGACAUUUAAAAACUUUGUUCUGAGAUAUUUAAAUUCUGCAUGGGUAUCUUCACUAACUGCUUUACUUGGAUUCCAUUGGAAUACUUUUUGAAAUUGUAAUAUUGUGAUAACUUGCACAACAUUGUACAUGCACAUCUGUAAAUUUAAGCUUAAUUGCCAUAUUUAUGCAAUCUGUGUAUCAAUUUGAACAAAUGUUUAUAUAUUUUACAUAAAGCUAUCUGUGUGCAGAA